AUGAAAAGAAGAAAGGGAAAGGAAGUCAAAGAAAAGACGGACAAUUGCACUAUGGCCGACGAGUAUGUCUACCUAGGUGGAGUUGAGCUAUAGCCGACGGCUGACUCCUAAAUGUAGGUAGAUGGCUGAGAUUAAGUACUUAGGAAAUGGUUUAUCCUAAUAAAAGAAAAGCAAAACUUAAAUAAGAUGGUUUUCUCUUUUGAUAAUUAUUAUCCUCUUAUCCCAUCAAUCUACCGUCAGCCAAAUAUGAUACAAAAAUCCUCUGUUUUUAAAUCGAUUUCCACCUGGCUAUUUCCCAAUUACCCUCCAGGAAUCUAUAAACAGAUACCAAUCAAAAUCCCAUGAGAGCAGGUGAGAAUUAGCACCAGCUUAGUCAAAAAAUGGGAUCCAGUUUGAAUAGACCGAUUGCACUGCGCCCAGUUUGA